UCCUGAUCGGUCACAUGCUUCGGAACGGUGGCACACUCGGCAAAUGGCGCAACCGCCGAAACGAAAUGGCGUCGGGGCCGCCUUCGCCGCGCUUGGAAUUGUCGUGGCGGCCAUGUAUCUGGGACAAGAGCCGUCGCCAUACGACCGUACGACAUCGAAGCAUUUUCCCACCCACGGCCAUGCGACGACCGCGCCAUCGACACUGUGGCAACCCAAUGCGUCGUACGCGUUUGGCCGUUGGACGCAGCCCAUCCGCGACAUUCGCUUUCACUACGAGCAUGGACAGCAUGCUGCCCCAUCCCAAUCUGCGUCAGAUGCGAUUGUCAAGUGGGGAGCAGCGCAACUCGCCCGGCUCCAAACGAAGCGAUGGCACUACACAAACAUCAACACCCGGGACCACUUCAUCGCGGUCGCAGUCGUCUCGUUGCAGUAUCUGUCCACAAUCUUUGUGUACGUGGUGGAGAAAGCGACGAUGGACAAGUGGGAGUAUGGACGCAUGGCACCGGGAUCGUAUGGAGUCACGUUUGCCGCCAACUCGGUGGAUCCUUCGACGUGCACGUCAGUCACGUCUGCCCACUUGUCCAUGUGCUACCAGGACGACGCGUGGCGACUGUCAGCGACAUCGAUUCCAUUGAAGUCGGAAAAGUCGUCCACCGUCCGCCUGUUCUCGUUCAACUUGACCAUGGUUCCAGGCGAACCUUUAAUUCUGUCGUUCCCGCUCGCAAAUGACCCCAUGCGCCCUGCGUUUGUGCAUAAAGGGGCGGGGUACGCAGUGCAUGGAACGUAUGUGUUUGGGUCCACAGGGGUAUCCAUCGCAACGGAUGACGCCGCGUUGGGAACUAUCGACUGGACCAAGAGCCUGGCCCUGCAUCGCACCGAGUGGAAUUGGGUCUCGUCAACGUUUGCGGCCAAGGAUGGGACGGUGGUGGGGAUUAAUUUGAGUGGCCGCGUGUACGAUGUCGACGGCGCGUCGCAAGAGAACGCAGUGUGGAUCGACGGCCAAGUGUGCGUUCUGGGCGCUGUCACGUUCGACAUUCCGCGCGCGGAUGCCCAAACUCAAACAUGGAGGAUUCGUUCGUCAGCUGCCGUGGAAGGAGACCUUGUCGACCUGACAUUCGUUCCCGGUGGCGCGCGACGAGAGCAUUUGAACGUACUCAAUCUUAUGCGAAGUGAAUUCGUCCAGCCAUACGGCCGCUUCACAGGCACGAUCGAGUGUACUGGGCUCGAUCGUGUCACACGCCGAGUCGAUGUCGACGACGCGUUUGGGGUCGUGGAAGAUCACGUUGCCGUCUGGUGAGGUUUUCGGACUAACUUAGUGCCAGAAAAAGAUAUCGAAUCCAGUCCAAAUUUCAAAAUAGUUCGGCUUUUAGGAGGAAAAGGAGUGCAAAAAUGG